UGGUGGUUAUACACCCAAAUCCCUCCACUUUGAUGUUUAUAUAUGCAUCUCAAAGCUUUGCACUAAUCUGCAUCAAGAAAAAUUUCCGCUACUCUUUCUCCAACUUUACCUUGUGAAGCAAAUAAUGGCUCCAAGUUUUUCUGAUGAUACAGAUUCACUCUUCAAUUUCGUUGUCCGAGAUGGCUAUGGUGUGAAAGGGAUGGUGGACUCUGGCCUAUCAAAGGUACCGCAACAAUAUGUACAACCCCUAGAAGAAAGAAUAGACAAGCUAAAAUCAAUUCCUAGCGAAAAUCCACCAAUCGAUUUGUCGAAACUAGAUGGCCCAGACCAUGAACAAGUGGGUGAGGAAAUUGUUAGAACCGCUGAGACUCUAGGGUUUUUCCAAGUUGUGAACCAUGGCGUUCCAGUUGAGCUGCUCGAGUCCUUGAAGAUUGCAGCUCACAAGUUCUUUGGGCAGCCACCUGAAAAGAAGGCUAUCUAUCUCAAGGGUGUGAGUCCUAGCCCUUUGGUGAAGUAUGGGACAAGUUUCGUGCCUGACAAGGAGACGGCAUUGGAGUGGAAAGACUAUAUCAGCAUGCUUUAUACUAAUGAUUCUGAAGCACUUGAAGUUUGGCCUCAAGAAUGCAAGGAUGUUGCACUGGAAUAUCUAAGAACAUCAAUGAAGAUGGUGAAAACUAUAUUAAAAAUUCUGAUCGAAAAACUUGGAGUAACAGUGGAAGAUGAAAAAAUUGAUGCACUAACUGGUUUGAAGAUGGUUAACAUGAACUUCUAUCCGACGUGUCCAAAUCCAGAGCUUACUGUCGGAGUCGGACGCCACUCUGAUAUGGGCACUCUCACUGUGUUGCUGCAAGAUGAAAUCGGCGGUCUCUAUGUCAAAGUUGAAGAAACCAUUGAUGGCAAGCAAAAAGAAGAGUGGUUGGAGAUCCCACCUGUUCCUGGUGCUUUGGUCAUCAAUGUCGGUGACACGUUGCAGAUACUAAGCAAUGGAAAGUAUAAGAGUGCUGAACACAGGGUGCGUACAACAAGUGAGAAAUCUCGAGUGUCGAUCCCCAUUUUUACCAUCCCAAAACCAACAGAAAAGAUUGGACCAUUGGCGCAGCUUGUGGAACGUGACGGCGUGGCUCUGUAUAAAGAGGUCGUGUUUGGAGAUUACAUGAACAAUUUCUUCGGCAAUGCCCAUGAAGGAAAGAAGUCUCUUGAUUUUGCAAAAAUCAACUAGAUUUCUAUCUUGUCAAAUGCCUUCUUCUUCUUCUUCUAGCACCAAGUGUGGACUUCGUAAUUGAAAAAUAAAUCUACAUCAAGUUUAUGUAUUAUGGAUCUGAAGUCAUCGUUUGUGUAUUUUAUGUGAUACCUAAUUCUGAAACAUUGGUACAAAACCUAAUUCCUGAGGC